GUUAGUUGAAUUUAAAACCGGAACUGGGACAGUGCAGCAAGUCAAAAACUGCAGCUAGCAAUUGGUAUUUAGGCAAAAAGUAGCAAGUUUUCCAGACGGAGCCCUGGUAGGCCUUUUAAGAUGUGGAAAGCUGUCGUGGGACACAAUGUGUCAGUGAAGGUUGAGUCUCAAGGAGAUGACUGGGACACUGACCCUGAUUUUGUGAAUGACAUCUCAGAGAAGGAGCAGCGAUGGGGAGCCAAAACCAUUGAGGGUUCCGGCCGCGCUGAGCACAUCAACAUCCACCAGCUGAGGAACAAGGUGUCAGAGGAACAUGAGGUCAUCAAGAAGAAGGAGCUGGAAACUGGCCCCAAGGCCUCCUAUGGCUAUGGGGGGAAAUUUGGAACAGAGCAGGACCGGAUGGACAAGUGUGCAGUGGGACAUGAGUAUGUUGCUGAUGUUGGGAAGCAUUCCUCGCAGACAGAUGCAGCCCAGGGAUUUGGGGGGAAGUAUGGAGUCCAGCAUGACCGAGCUGACAAGUCAGCGCUGGGGUUUGAAUACAAGGGUGAGGUGGAGAAACACUCAUCCCAGAAAGAUUACUCCAAGGGCUUUGGUGGCCGUUAUGGUGUGGAGAGGGACAAGGUGGACAAAGCAGCAGUGGGAUUUGACUACAAGAGCCAGGUGGAGAAGCAUGACUCUCAAAAAGACUAUUCUGUGGGCUUUGGUGGGAAGUUUGGGGUCCAGCGGGAUCGUCAGGACAAGAGUGCCCUUGGCUGGGAGCACCAGGAAGAUGUGCAGCCCCAUGCGUCCCAGACAGACUAUGCCAAAGGGUUUGGAGGCCGUUAUGGGGUCCAGAAGGACAGAGUGGAUAAGAGUGCUGCUGGGUUUAAUGAAAUGGCAGCUCCAACGUCCUCAUAUGAGAAGACAAGACCAGUGGAGGCAGCAGCUUCCAGUGGUGCCAGCAGCCUGCGGUCACAGUUUGAAAACAUGGCUAAAUUGGCGGAUGAAGAGAGCAGAAGGCUGAUGGAAGAGGAACAGAGGAGGCAGCAGGCUCGAGAGCACCAGGUCUUUCGGCAGCAGGAAAUCCAACAGAGAGAGGACAAGGACCACACAGAAGCAGCCCCUGCCGUCAUUCCAGCAAGGGUCACUGGGAGAGCUGAAACAGAUAGGCCUGUGUCAGGGGGAGAGCAGCAGAAGGCAGAAGUGGAGGAUGAGGAAAUGCCACCCACAUUGCCACCAAGACCAGCAGGUCUGGGUGAGGAACUGUGCAAGUCCCCCAGCCAGGAUCAGCCCAUCUACAGUGUGAGUUUGGAUGGCGAGGACUAUGAGGAGGUGCCAGAGCCCUCCGACUACUGUGACAGUACCAGCUUGGGUGCUGACUAUGAAGAGCUGCCAGAGCCUUUAGGAAAGCCAGCUGUCAUCUAUGACCAUGGAGAGGAUGGAGGUGAGGACUAUGAGGAGAUCCUCCCCGAGGAGCCCAGCCAGAGCCAGCCCUGCAUGGGGAAAAUGGACAGCGUUUAUGAGGUGGAGAGUCCUGGGACCUGUGCAGUGGCUCUCUAUGAUUACCAAGGAGAUGGAGAUGAUGAGAUUUCUUUUGAUCCUGAUGACACAAUCACACACAUUGAAAUGGUAGAUGAAGGCUGGUGGCGGGGACAGUGCCGGGGCAAAGUAGGCCUCUUUCCAGCAAAUUAUGUGAAGCUUCUGCAAUGAGAUCAGCAUUGUCUGAGCACCUCCUUUAAAACUUUUGCUUUUCUCUGCUUCAUCCUUUUACAUGUUGUUAGUUUAAUUUGGCUUAUCCUGGCGUGCCUACAUGGGAGAAGUACCAAUGAGAAAACUGGCAGUGUUUGAUGGAAUGUUUUGGCCUCUGCCCUAGGUGGGUUCUGGUUCCCAUCUGGUCCUGUAAGAUAAGAUGGUUUGAAGUGUGUGUGGUUGAAAUAUAUGACAUCUUUUCUCUCUAGACUAUUCUAUUUUCACAUAUCAACGUAUCAACUAGCAGGCUUGCAGGGGAAGUGUGUUCAUUCCUGUUCGCAACAGGGGAAUUCACAGACUAGAAACACCAGCUCUAAUCUAGUUGAAGCAAAAGGGACAUGAGUAUGGGACCUUUUUCUUUUAAGCUGUCAUUUGUCAACCACAUCUGAGAACCUGUCUUUGCUCUUGGGACUCAGUCCAGAAGUUACAGCUGGAAGUAGAAUAAGGGAUGCUGUCCUAGGCCAUGGCCCUGGACCUCCUCUUACUCAGGGGCCAAGGAAAGCAGUGUGAAGGCUGAAGUCAUCUUCGAUUCUAAGAAGGAUUUCCACAUACAGGAUAGACCAUGUUUGCAGUGUGGAAUAGAGAAACAUGAGCCUUGUCUAUCUGGGCAGAUUUCAGGACUGGGACCUGGGAACAUCUCAUGCUCACAGUGAACUUUGCUAAGUUUUCCUGCAUACAUACACAAGCUUGGCUGUAUUGAACUGUCCCAUAAAACAGGAGAGGUGUGUGCUAGCUCACUGAAAA